AUGAACAGGGAGAUCCGCACGAAUACCGGGAUGAAAGAGAUGGCAGCGCACAACACAGCGAGAAAUACCUUCGACGGACACCAUUCACACGAUUCCUCGAGGUCUUGCGCAUUCGAAAUAAGCCGCUUCUUCGCUACCCUCAGGACAAUAUUCAACUAUCCCGAACCCAACAUCGAGCUCAGAAAUACCGCAUGGCUAGAUGGGUUGCGCGGCCUCGCGGCUUUUGAGGUUUUCAUCUUCCAUUACGACGAUGGUUGGGUCGACCGAACACUAGGUUGGGGGACUGGCGACUUUCUUGAUCCUGCGUGGUGGCGCGCGCCAUUCAUCCGGACCUUUUUCGCAGCUGGCGAUGCUGCAGUGUGUCUGUUUUUCGCGAUCUCGGGUUACGUCCUGUCCCACCGCAUUCUCACCCUCUACCGCCAGCGCCGACAUGAAGAGGCCUACUCCUCUCUUUCCUCUGCGGUUUUCCGCCGCGCCAUCAGACUGUACAUGCCUGUCGCCAUUGAGACAUUCAUUCUGAUGUUGUUAUGUCGAUGGUUCAAUUUCCCCAAACCUGUCGUCUACGAAUCCGCCGAAACCUUUCUCGGCGAGAUCAGUCAAUACAUCACCAGCUUCGUUCAUUUGUUGCUCCCACUGCGGUACCCCGACCGAUGGGAUAUGGUGAUCAACCGCUACGAUGGAGGCAUUUCUUGGACCAUCCCACUCGAAUAUUACGGCUCGAUUGUCAUAUUUGUGGUCCUGCUCUUCGUUUCAAGGGUUCGGAACAUGGCGGUGCGUCUGACACUUAUCUUGGCUAUGGUUUGGCAGAGCUUCAUCAAAGACGAUUGGAUCGCUGGUCAAUUCUUGCUCGGUAUGGCAUUCGCUGACUGGCAAAUCGGGAAAGAGUUCGCAAAAAAGCGGCAGCAAGGACCUACAACAGCGAGGAAGCAAUGGCUACACAACAUCCUCUCCUGGAUGAUCUUUCUUUUCGGAUUCUACAUGGCGGGUCUUCCGCUAUUCCAUCUUAAAAAUGCCGAAAACGGAGGAGUUGACGAUCUUUUCUCACGGCCAUUCUAUAACUGGAUAUCUAGACCACUGGCUUAUUACGGAUUGUACCGGAAUCGCCAGACUGAUCGAUACCUACAAUGCCUUGCAGGUUUCGCUCUUCUCGUCGGCGUAGGUGAAACCCCUAUCCUUCGUCGAAUCAUGGAAACCCGCUUCGUGCAAUAUCUCGGUCGUAUCUCUUUUGGCUUGUACCUUUGUCACAUUUUCCUGCAUGCGCUUUUGAAGCCUCUGGACAAGUACUACGUCAUGAUCGUCGGCCUGGAUCCUACCGUGCCCUUGCCAGAGCGCAAAGAGAGCUUACAGCUUUUCAUUGCUUAUCUACUCAUGCUAAUACCCUCUAUGACGGUCAACUUCUUUGUGGGUGGCUGCUUUGAACGCUUCCUGGACAAGCCUUCAGUGAACGCGGGCAAGCGCUUUGAGAAAUGGUGCUUGUCGCGAGGAAAAGACGAUGCACCACCAUCGUUGCCACAUGUACAAGCCUCGCUCUGCAUCCAUGUUAUACAGCGGCAUGCUAUCCAGUCCGGCGUUGUUGGCGGCUACUUUAUCACAGCCAUGAAUGAGCAAGCUACGAGCCGAUGGCGCAUGACUUAAUCAAGAUACUUGUCCUCCCAAGUCUUGUUGACUCAACUCACUUGCAUGUUGCAAUCAACAGUAUAUCUGCAGACUGUACGCGGGCUUUUGGACUCGGGUGGUCAUUAAAUCAAAAAUGGCACACUUCUAUGGAUGCAGAUUUGCCCCUAGAAUUGUGCUUUGCGGGCAUCAGUACAAUAUUCCGGGCAAAGAUACCCACUCGUUAUUUUCAGAGGAUUCUAGAAUUAUAUGUUGACCAUUAUACAUUUAGAAGGUCAAUGAUAAUCAUUUGCCGUUCUCUCCUCAC